AUGCUCACUCUUCAGACUAUGUAUGCUAGCACCCGGGAUGUGCUGGAUCUGAUGAUGAGAACGUAUGGAUCCUUCCAGACUGACUGUGUGGAGGAGCAGCAAAUAAAGAGCACCAUAUUCAGCUUUCUGUCCCGCUGGCUUCAGAAAUUUCCUGAGGAUUUUUGUGAGGCCCCAGAUAUGGCCAUCAUGUUCAUGGACUACGUGAGGCUCAAUGUGCCUUCUGUAGACAUAGAUACCCAAGCCAAUGAGCUGCUCUUGGCACUGGAGGAGCAGGAGGCUAAAGAGCUAAAGCUUGAGAAAGACUGUGCAGCAUCUCCAGAGCCCUCAGUGCCAGAUGCCUGGAGGAUGCAAGAGACUCUGGCUCUGAGGCCAGCUUCUGUGGCAGAGCCACGGGGAGACCAGCAACCCCGAGAGGACACCGAGCUCGUGGAACCGGCAGUUCUGGAACCCUUUGUGCCAGAAGCUGGACCAGUGCGGCUUCUGACUUUAAAUCAAGCUUUGCCCUCAUCAGCUGAUACACAGUCACCUGCAGAUAUGGCCUCAGAUGAGGCUGCAGAUGUGGCUGCAAAUGUUUCAGCUGACAGGCAAGUAUUUCUAUCUGCCAUUGUGCAAUUAGGCGCACCAGAUUUUGUUUUCCCUCAGCCUGAGGUUGACAUAUAG